UGUAGAAAUUAACUCGGUUUCAAGUAGUUCUGAUACUGCUUAACAUCGAGAAGAUAUUCAAACAUCGUAACACCGAGCUCUAACGGAUGUUAUCAAUCUUAUAUUAUUGAAAUUUUUUUUUUGAUCUAUCCGUUGUAAUCUCAAUGGAGUUAUUUGGUAUUUUUCCGGUGAUUUAUUAUUAUUAAUAUGCGUUGUGGCUGUUAAAAAUGAUUCCACCUGAUGACUGAUGCUAAAGUUUUACAACCAAAGUAUAAAUAGACAGUUAGAUUGACGUAAGAAAUAUCAGAUAUUAAAGCUAACAUUAAACAAAGAAUAUAUUAUGACUGUUAUUCAAGGUGUACCAUUAAAGGAUACAAAUGUAUUUAAAUCCAUUAAAAUUGGUAAGAACGAAUUAUCUCAUAGGAUCGUCUAUGCUCCAACUUCAAGAUUUAGAGCUUUAGAUGAUCAUACUCCAUCUGACUUAGAAUUGAAAUAUUAUACUGACAGAUCUCAAUAUCCUGGUUCUUUAAUUAUUUCAGAAGGUACAUUUAUAUCUCCUCAAGACUCGGCAUAUAGAAAUGUUCCUGGUAUUUUCACUGAUGAACAUGUCAAGGCUUGGAAGACUAUUGUUGAUACAGUUCAUGCCAAUGGAUCUUUUAUUUCUAAUCAAUAUUGGAACUUAGGUAGAGUUGCUGCUGCUAAAAUUGCCAAAGAAAAAGGAUUUGAUAUUGUUGCUCCUUCUGCAAUUUUUGAAAAUGAUCAUUUUGAAAAGGAAGCAAAAGAUGCUGGUGUUAUCCUUAGAGCUUUAUCAACUGAAGAAGUUAAGGAUUUAAUUUAUAAUACUUUCACUAAAGCUGCCAAAAGAUCAAUGGAAGCUGGAUUUGAUUAUAUUGAACUUCAUUUUGCUCAUGGCUAUUUAUUAGAUCAAUUUUCACAACCGGUAACUAAUAAAAGAACUGAUGAAUAUGGAGGUUCAAUUGAAAAUAGAGCUAGACUUCUCUUAGAAUUAGUUGAUCAUUUAUCUUCUGUUAUUGGGGCUGAUAAAAUUGGUAUUAGAAUUUCUCCGUGGGGAACUUUUCAAGGAAUGUUAGCUCAUAAAGAUGAAGUUCACCCAAUUACAACGCAUUCUUAUUUAUUACAUCAACUACAAAAGAGAGCUGAUGCAGGUAAAGAAAUUGCCUAUGUUUCUGUUGUUGAGCCAAGGACCAGUGGUGCUUACGAUGUUGCAGUUGAAGAUCAGACUGGAUCAAACGAUUUCGUUUAUGCAGUUUGGAAAGGUAAAGUCAUUAAAGCAGGUAAUUAUACUUAUGAUGCACCAGAAUUCACUUCUCUUAUGCAUGAUACCGCUGAUGAUAGAACUUUGGUUGGAUUUGCAAGAUUUUAUACUUCGAAUCCUGAUUUAGUUAGUAAAUUGAAAAAUGGAUAUGAAUUAACCCCAUAUAAUAGAGCUCUUUUCCAUAAUAAUAAUAACUGGGGGUAUAACACUUUUAACAAGCAUGGUGAGACUAAUGUUUAUCACGAAGUAGAAGAGAUCAAAGUUAUUCCCCAAGCUAUUAAAGAUUUAAAAAUUUAGAAUAGUAUAAGCUUUAAAUAGUUAAUAUCGAUCUUAUAUUAUAUUAAUUAUUGCGGUAAUGAUGUAGACCAUGACUUCAAAUUUCAAUAAAAAAA